AGAUUUUGCUGUGGCUACAUGCAGCGUUGUAUCUCUGGCUCUCUCUCUCCCCUGCUGUCGCUCCUGUAGGAGGCAGGAACGCUGGGUAGGGAGGAAGCCUUGGCAGCUUUCUCUCUGCAGGCCCCUUCCUCCCCCCUUUUGCCUGCCUGUCCGGGCAUGGGUGCCGUCCGCUGGCAGACCCACAGCGUCUCUGUGUGUCUUUGAUUGUGUGCGCAUGUUAGCCGUGCUGCUGCACUAGCACAGAACCGGCCGGCAGAACCCAGAGGUUCACACCACAGAGUCUCCCCACUUUGAUUUUGUGGAGGCUGGCGUUCACUUCAGUCUCCGCCAUUGGGCUCACUGAGAUUCGUCAGCGUGUCUCUCCAUUGCGCCUAUUCUUGGUGGUAUGUCCUCAUGGUCUGUUGUGUUUGGAUACCCUGACAACUAGAAGCUGUGAGGUAACCACUUUCCAGUCUGCUGCCUCCCUGAACCUCCAGUGACAUGAUGCCCAAGAGGGAUCAUGAAAGGGACCUGGAGCUGGACAAGAAGAUCGAGGCUCUCCGCAGGAAGAACGAAGCACUGAUGAAGAGGUACAAGGAGGUGGAAGAGGACAAGAAAAGAGCAGAAGAGGAAGGGAUGGCGCUGCAGAGCCGAAAGGGCAAAGCUGAUGAUCUUACCAUCACAAUCAGCAAGUCCACCAGUGACAGUCGUGUGGUGGUGACGAAGCCUUUCAGCAGCGGCUCACCAGCUGGGAAAGGACAGCAGGAGGGUGGGCCCGACAGAGGGGGAGACGACCCUCCACAGGGGGCUGGACGAGGCCACAGGAAGCAGCUAAUGGUCACCAUGGCUGGAAAAAAGGGAAAGAGAGUGGUGAGUGAGAAGCCAGAGAAGAGGCCGGGCCCUGCAGACGUCAAGAGCCCGACUGAUGACGGACAGGCAAGGCGUGUGGAGUCAGCUGGAAGGGGGAAGCAGCCAUCUCACAUGACCAAGAGAGACGCAGCAGCGCAGGAUGAGGUUAAACAUGGGCAGAAGCACGCCGAGGAGCAUCACAGAGUGUCAGAACAAUGCCAGGAGCCUGAGAACCCACAAGCAAGCACAGACCUCAACAUCCCCACAUCGAGGGAGGAGCAGGAAGAGUAUCUGCGGUGGAAGAAGGAGCGCGAGCAGAUUGACAGGGAAAGGGUGGCGCGCCAUAAAAAUGCUAAGGGCCAGUGGAGACGGGCGUGGGACAUGGACAAAACUGAGAACAUGUUUUCAGACAAAUCCCUCGCUGACAGAGACUGGGGUCCUUCCAGCAGAGGUGGAAGAAAUGCAAGAAGAGGACAACCCAGGUCAGGCGGUGACUCAAGAGGUCAUGACAAGCGAGGCAAAGACAAGGGAGCUAAAAAUGUGCUGGUGAUGAGCAGCAAAGCAAAAGGCAAAGACCGCCUGACUGGGAGGGCCAGGAGAUGGCAGGCAAAUGAUGAAGGAGAGAACCCGCAGACUUCUGAUACAACGCUGGAGGAAUUCCUUGAGGAACUCGACGCCCUCACAGAUGCCGAUGUGGAGGAUCUGAAAGAUCAGGACGCUAUAACGAAGCUCUCACCCAGCCCAGACUCGCUGCCCGAGGAAGCGAGCGGAGUGUCAGCUGCUAGCUCGAGGGAGGACACCCCCACUCAGGGGAAGUCCGAGGCCUCGUCCCCUCGGGGUUCGGAGAAGAAAGUGCGCUUCUCGGAGGAACUCAUCCAGGGCGCUCACGCAAGGCAAACCGCCGGCUCUCAAGACUCAGAAUCCAGAAGUCCGAGCUCUUUAAAAGCGUACUCACCUAAAAAGAUCAAGCAUGAAGAACAGGAGCCACGGCAGCCUCUUGAAAGUGCCAAGCAGGAUGGUGGCAGUCCUCAGGAUAAAGGCGGUGGUCCAUUUGCUCCUCCUGUUGCCCUGCAGCAGGCAUCUGAGACUGAAUGCACUAACAAAGACAGCAACCCCCCCACAGCUCCCAGCUCCCCUCCUGCUGAAAAAGCCUGUGCCUCUCUACAUGAGAGCUCUGUCCAGCCUGUGGAGCUUACCAAGUGCAACAUCAGCAACACAAACACAGAGGAACUAAUAGACUCCGGUCUGUCUGUCCUGAGCCUGGAGUUAGGAGAAACUCACCCAACACACUCCACCAGCAGCGACAAGGUCAGUAUAAGAGGGAUGGGAGUCAGUCAGUAGAGGUGUGGAUGGACUGAUGCAGGGAAGGCGCAAAUGGAUGAGUAGGUAAAUAGAUGAAGCGAGAUAUGCAGUAUAUAUGCACUGCAGCUGUGUGUUAUCCAAUUUUGAUUCAAGUAUAUUCAUCUCCUCUGAGGCCUGAUGGAGUGCAGGAUAAAUAGUCUCAUGAGAGAAUGCCUCUUCAUCUCAUCAUCACUGGAACAGAUGCUGCACUUUAUGACCUCAAACUUCAAUCAUUCAUAUGGAGAAGUGGUGCUCAUGAAAUUACAGAAAAGAAGUCAAAGUUUUAACUAUUAAUAUUUGUUUUUCUGUCAUCUUUUUCUACAGGCAAGAGAGCAUGGGAAGAUUGUUUGACAUUUUUUUUGGGAUGUAAAUACUGAAACCAAAACACAGCAUUUGGAUGCAUUGUCUCGCUUCAGGUAGUUCAUUUGAGAUACCCCGCUUACAGCUUACGAGCAAAAACCAUGGUUUCAUUUUUGCUGUGGCGUUUCCCACCUGCUGAAAUUUUAGCUCCAAUUUGACAUAGGAAUGGCGAGAAAUGUUUCUGGACAUUUACCCGCUCAAAUAUUUUUUACAUCCAAGCACUUUAUGAGUAUAAAAGUCUGUGUACUGACACAUCCUUCAAUAUGUUAGUAUGCUGCUUGAGUGCAAUAUCAUUGAAUGUUUACAUUUGUAUGAAAAUUUCAAGGUACAUAUCAGGAGGCUUACCCUUUCACUUAGGUAGCCCUUGACAAUAAACUAAGCCACAGUCAAAUUUUCUAGUGCCUGAUUCUGCCUUAGAGGUUUUUUGAAUAAGUGAAUAAAGUCUGUAUUAUAUGACAAUACAAUAGCUACAGACCUGCAGCAGAGUCUGUGUUUCUACACUCUAAACUGUGUGCGUAGAUGUUAUUUAUUAACCGCUUCCAGCAUCAGUCAAUGCCUUUCACAAAUAAGAAAUCAAUACCUUGCUAAAGCGCACAUUUGGAACUUAUUGUCUUUGGCCAAUGACCAGGACACUGUUUCCAAAGUUUUCAAAAUGUUACUACUGACAUAAAUGUUUUCUGUUUUCAAGUAAUUUAAAGGGCCACUCCACUGAUUUUACAUAUGAAGGUCUUAUGAGUUUACUCGUGAUGAUUAAUGCUGCUGUAUUGUGUCUCUAAAGGAGCUUCAUCGAGUCUGUUAAAGUAAAAGAGAUGUUCUCAUACUGAUGUUAUCAAGGUCAUCUGAAUGUAGAUGUUAUAGAUUUAUAACGGAAAACCUGGGAUGUGGUGUUUACCAGGCAGAAAAGGUUUAAUGAGGAAGUGGUUUUCUUUAAAGGCCUCAUUGUCUCACAAGAACCAUAACUAUAGGGUUAAUGGUCAUUGAGACAUAAAAGCUGCAAUUGAACCUGAUUAAUAAGUGUUUGGUGACACAAAAUACAGUCUAAAAAGGUUUUAUCCACAGGUUAUACGUCGACUACACUUUGUUUCUGUCAGUACGGCUGCGUGAUUGGCUUGUUGUUUCUUGGUUCAGCUGUUAUAAAGCAGCCAAUUGGCUUUUUGGAUGGAGGGUGGGGCAUGUAUCAUUAUCUUUGGUAUUAUAGAAUUUAACCAUAGAUUUCUAUUCAGGACUGAAUGAAUCCUGAAUAGACGUCAGUGGGAGAUUGCAUUUCAAUAUGUGUAUUACUCGAUGGAGUGCCCCUUUAAUAAUACAACCUACUGCUGUUCAGAGAGACAUCCUGACAAAUGAUCAAUAACACCAGAUAACUAAUAUCUUGACACACUGCUGUUGUGCUCUCAAAGUCAGCACAGUUUUACAGCUGAAUCCCAGUUGUCUGGUCUUCCUCCGACUCAUCUUAUGUUGAUGAUGUUUUGGGCACUUAAUAUGAAUUAAUCAUUUGUCUCUUUAAUUUUACAAAUUUAAGACAUGAAAAUCAAGCUGCUGAAUCACAAACACAAUCUGGUAGGUAAAAUAUUAUUUUUUUAAAUUUGUUUGCUCAUGCUGUUUUAAGCAGCGAUGAGAGUCCUGAUACAGAAUUGUUUUUUCACUGUUGGGUUUUUUAACCUCUGUGGGACUUACUUGGCUGUUAGAGCCAAAAUUCAUCUUCCAGGUUGAAGAGACUUCAUCCUUUAGUUUACUGGGAUUUAGCUGUACUUUCCUUUUGGUGUUGUUUUUCAUUUGUUCUGUAUUAACAAUCAUUAAGGACAGCUAAUAUUUUUGAGACAGCUUCCCUUGAUUAAGAACUUAGCCAGUUGUUGUGCCUUGCAUAUUGGCUUCUUCAAAUACUGAAGGUGUACCUUAAUGUCAUGGUUUGUAUCAUAACUGUUACAUGUACUGUGCUGACAGUGAAGCCUCAUUUCUUUUAUUUAUUUGCCUCUCCGUGUGGACAACCGAAUGUUACCUAGAAUGAGUUUGCAAUUCUAAAACUAUUUUAAAACGAUGUCUGUGUUUCUCUGUGCCAUGUAUGGUUUUGUUUUUAUUUAUUGCCUCUGAUAUUUUAUUUUUGGUAUCAAGUGACGACUAUAAUAAGACGCCUUACAAGAAGAACUCUGUCCUCAAAGAAGUUUUUGGCUUUUGUCAAUGCUACAGUAUAGUAAACAGUUAUGUAACCAGUAGUAGAGAACACAGUGGACAUGCUCUGAGCUGCAGGGCUCUGUUAGCUUCAUCUGUGGUUACAUAAAAUACAACUAAUCAGGAAGCUAGUGGAAGCACACUGGGAGAACCAAGCAGCAAACCUGAUGUUUGAAGCCAGUCCAUCCAUUAAGAGAGAAAAUUGUAUGAGUAGGGGCCUUAUUCUGUAUUAUAUGUGGAUUUUGGAUGACUGAUGAUGGAAACAUCUGUUUGAAAAUCAGGUCAUCGAUUACCUCUGACGUAUUUAAAGCUCCCUGUGGGAUUCAAUUCAGUAAAAUGAAAUUUAGGACCUACAAUCAUUGAGACAUUGUAUGUUAUAUGUCCUCGUUUAGUACUUGUUUGUUUAGCUGUUAGACAUCUGCACGAUCACUUUCUUUAAGGUACAAAUUGAAGAGGUGAUUGUGAUUGUCUAGCUGGGUGUGUACCACUGUCCUCCACGUGUUCACAUACACUCAUAAGGAAGGAAUACUUGUGUGCGUCUGUAUGAGUGUGUGUUUCACAGUGUGAUCCCAGCUUUUUGCUGUUCAGAGUGCUCACGCUAAUUUGAAUCUGUGUGCAACAUGGCUUCAUUUACUGUAGAGCAGUUUUGAAGGAGGCGUACCGAACAUCAAUAAAGUUUUUCUUUAUUUCA